CUGCCCCGGGCAGGGUGUCAUGGCGCUGCCCCAAUGCCACGAGUUGGGGUGUGAUAGGAGCAGCCGCAUCAGCUGAUGGAGACGCCUGCUAUAAAGCGCCUGCUGGCCCCACAGCAGAGGCACGAGCGAGCCCAUCAUGGCCAACACGCUGCCCCCCUGCCUGCUCCUGGUCCCGCUGCUCCUGGCCCCGGUCCUGCCUGCGUCGCACAAGCGAGGGCUCAUCUUCAACUUGGACACCGGGGAGCUGUGCCUGCAGAGUGCCCAGUGCAAGAGCGGCUGCUGCCACCGGGACAGCGGCCUGAGCCUGGCACGGUGUGUGCCGAAGGCGGCCGAGUUCCAGGAGUGCUCCCCGAAGAGCAUCUAUGGAGUGUACUACAAGUGCCCCUGUGAAAGCGGCUUGACCUGCGACGUUGAUAAGACCAUUGUGGGCUCCAUCACCAACAGUGACUUUGGCAUCUGCAAGGACCCCAGGGGCUCCAGGUUGUGGUGAAAGAAGAGACACCUCCAGUGUCCCCCCUGUGCUGCCCCUGCCGCCCUACCUUCCCCUCCCCUCUCCGGACCUGCCCAUGCUGCCCUGGCUGCAAGGGGGGGUUCGAGUAAAGAGCAUCUUCCGCCGA